CGUGAAGGCAGCAGGAGCAGCUGUAUAUUGUACUGUUCGCUCACAUUGAGUGGGAGUCUUCCUCUGUGAUUGUCUGCCACUGAAACUCACUGAUAAACAUGCAAACUCUCCUCAACAUGGGUUGUUGGUAGGGAAAGUGAAAGCAGUCCAGAGAGGUGUGCUGACUGCUCCAGGGGCUCAUGGCAGUGCGGCAGAGAUGGUUUGGCUGUCAUGAUUGCUCUCGUUUGGAUGCUCACGUGGCUGCCUCAGGUCCUGCCAGCUAUGAGUAAACUCCCUCCGCCUGUCAACGUGAACCUGACCUCAGACCACUUCCAUCAUAUGCUGAGAUGGGAGCCUGGACCGGGGACACCCACAGGAGUCUACUACCAUGUCGCUGUGAUUAGGGACAAGGGAACUUCCUGGGUGCCAGUGGCGGGCUGCGAGCAUGUCCAGCACCCACUGGUUUGCAACCUGACAGAAGCCGUCAACAAUGCCUACUACGCCUACUUUAUUCGGAUUACACCGCUGCUGGAAUCACGGCCCUCAGAACCAUACGACACCAACCCAGCAUUCAAACCCAUCAGAGACACUCACCUGGACCUGCCGCUGCUGACUGUGACGCCCUGUGGCAAAAAUCUGUGUGUGGAACUUCAACCUCGUAUCGAGCACCUUAGGAAAAUAUAUGAGUCUCUGCGUUACAGUCUUAGGAUCAAGUGCAAGGGCAACGGUGUGGACAGAGAGAAGGACAUCCAGGAAUCCAGAGAGAUUUUUGAUAAUUUGGCCCCUGGCAUACAGUGCUGUGUCGCAGUCUGCUUCAAAGAGAGUGAGUGGCGCAGGCAGUCCAACUACAGCCAACCCGUAUGUGCUUUCACCACGGCCAUCUAUAAUCAAGACCCGUUGAUAUCCGGCGUGCUGUGUUCGUUGGUGAUAACUGGUUUGGUCGUUUUGACGGUGCUGGGCUUAACUGGUUUCAUCCAUUGUCUGAUAAAGAAUCCGCUGCCAAACGUCCUGGCAUCCAUCCGUCACUUAAACGAGGUCCUGGUUGUUGAAUCCUUCAACGAGUCCUUGUCUUCCCUCUUGAAUCUUAAACCAACACCGCCCCCUUCAGGCGAAAAGAGGAGCAACCAUUCAUCAGACGAGAGCGACGAGGAGAGUGAGACGGAGAGCACCGGAGGAGAGUAUAAACUGCGGGUGGGCACAAACCUCCUCUCCUCCUCCUCUUCGUCUUCAGCGUCGCUGUCAGCUCCCCUGCCCCCCGAGCCUGAACCCAAGCCGAGCUCCUCCUCAGACCAGACGUCAGACUCUGUCGACCCUCAGCCCGAUUCUCUGCCAGGACCAGAGCAGCGUGCUUCAGAUCCUCCUGCAGAGAGGUCGACCGCACCAGCAAUCCAGCUGAAUAAAGAGGAGCAGGAGGAGGAGGUGGUUGUGGUGGUAGAGGGGAGCAGCCAGGACGUGAAUCUUCUCACGUUAACCUUCGGCACGCAUGAGGAGGAGGAGGAGAAAUUGCACCUUGUAUCUCCCUCUGUGUCAGAGGUGUACACCACUCCAAUCCUGCCUGCACAAACAAGGGACAGCAAGGAAGGUGCAGUAGAAACUGUUUGCUGCUCUGUUGAUGAGGAGGAGGAGGAAGAGGAAGAAGAUUACUCUGGAUAUAUGGGGCGUCCCAGUACACAUGUCUUACGGAACUUACUCCAUAACACAGUCCAUGGGGGGAAGAUGGGGCUGUGGAUGCUUCUUCUUCUUCUUCUGCAUUUACACCUUGGUAAUGCUCCCUGGAUUGAAUGUGGGGAGGAAGUAGAAGGUUUAAAUGUGGUGUGUGAUUCCCUCCCCGCACCCUCCAACGUCUCAAUUUCCUCCUUCAACAUGGAGCACACACUCAGCUUCCUGCCAGGCCCCGGGACCCCCUCCAGUGCCCGCUUCUCUGUUGAAGUCCUCAGCUUCAGGAAAAACUCAUGGAAACAGGUGGCUAGUUGUUCGGCACUGACAGCUGGACAGACGUGCAAUCUGACCCGAACGUUCAAGGACCCGUUAAAAAGCUACAGAGCCCGCGUCCGCGCCAUCGCACUCAACCAGACAUCCUACUGGACGAUGUCGCGGGAUUUCUACCCUCUAACAGACACUGUGUUGGGACCUCCCGAUGUGUCCGUGUCAGGGUGUGGGAACUGUUUGCUCCUGCAGCUUAAAAUUCCUACAAGGUUUACCGAGCAGCUCCAGAUCCUCUACAGAGAACUCGUCUUACAUGUGCAAAGGACCAGGGACGGUGUGCAGUUCAGACUGAAUGUGCAAUACGAAGAGGAAAUUGUGAUCGCGUACCUGCAGCCAGGCAUGGAGUACUGCGUGAGAGUCUCUGUGAAAACAUUCUUCGGGUCCAACAGCGUCUCCAGUAAACCCUACUGUGCCUUCACCAGCCCUCCAUCGCACUCAAGCUCACUGUAUGUGGUCUACUGCCUGCUGGGUGCGUUCAGCGUACUUGGCUGUUUCCUCAUUGGAUUCGUUGUCUACGGCAGUCGACUGAGCUCCAAAUUACUGAGACGCCUACCCAGAACCCUGUCAUACUUCCUCCUCCAAGUCCUGAAUUGUGGAAGAGCACCGCCUGAAUGCUUGGGUCAGAUCUCAGCCACGCAGCUGCAUAAAGAAGGCUCUGCUGACUGCCUUCUGACUGCCCACAGGCCUCUUGAACUGCAGAGGAGCAACUCUGAGGAAUGUGAGGAAGACUGUGGACUACCAGUGAAGUCUAAAGUGUAAAGUGAUAGGAUGGAACUUGUACAGGUGGAGUUGUUUUGGCUGACUGGUUUUGAGAAGAGGAGGUAAUUGGGGGUAAAGAGUGACAUGUCUUUGUAAAUAGUAAUAAUUCUAUUUCAUGCCAGUAUUUUUGUUUCUUCUGACUCUUCAUCUGUCUUUCUAAAUGAGUGUGAGGUUGUUGAAGUUACUGUUUGAUCAGCAGAGUUCAUGCAUUAGUUUGAGUGUUCUUACUGAAUGCACUUACAGUAUGUGUUGUAUUAGUGUCCAUCCUGUUAUCCUAUGCCAAAUGAGCCAAGUGAUUUAGAUUUUUUCUGUGAUUCUUUACUGAUAGGCUGUUUAUCUUGCAGUAAUCAGGCUGCUGGUGCCUUUUUUAGGGUGAUACACCACCCUGAUGGUAUCAAAAACCAACCCAGUCUCACGCCAAAGCAUGUAAUAGAUCCACUAGAGGAUACCGUGUCAGUGUCACGUUUUGUCUCGCCUAGAUGUGAAAACUACACACACAUUAUUAAGAGCCAUGUACACAGACACAGAACUUUCACCCAUCGGACUGCUGCUUGCACCCCUAAGCUAACCAAACUGCGACAUCACCUUUGUUUUGAUGUUGCAUAUUUAUGAAUGCUAACUUGAGUCCCUGCUGAAGACCUGACACUGCCACGGUGGGCCGGCGUGUUUGCUUUGGCGUGAUACCAGGUUGCACAAACAUCUGGUGGAUAAAGCACGGUGUGUGACUUCUUUUAACUUUACUGUAUGUGUGUUCUCAAAGUUAUAAACUGGAAAUAUUGUCUUCAACCAUUAAUGUGACGGUUCAUAAUCUUUUUACCAAUAAAGAAAACUUAAUA